CAAAAAAAGGUGGCUCUAAAAAAUUCACACCACGUUUUAAACACUGUGUGGCGCUACAUGUGAGAAAAUGUUGUCGUAAUUUUCAGCAUGUGCUGCUUUACAAACGGCGCCCCAUACGAUAUCUCGUUUUAAGAAGGUGUCACUGAUUAAAAAAAUAAAAUGGAACCAAAAAGUUGCUCCUGAAAUCUCUGUCCCUCCUAACUCAAUGGCUGCCAUUGACGGCACAAGACGCCCAGACCGGGAGGGGCGAACGAACUUUCGCUCAAUCAAAAUCUGAGGAUACGCAGGAAUCCUUUCCGAUUUUCGGGUUAUUUUAGUUUUCGUCACUGCCUAGUCAUUUGUAGAAAUUCCUGCUCACUUCCUGUUCUGAAACCCAAAUAUCAACCGGAAGUGACCCAUAAAUGGCUCGAAAUCAACAGGAAGUGACAGAAAAUCAACAGCAAAUGGUUGUCAUUGAUCGCCAUAGACGUCCAAUCCGUCAAAUGAAUUGGACGUCUACAAAUGCUAAACUCAGUUCAUAUCACAGAAGAAUGAUGAAAAAGCUUGUGUUUUAUGUUUAUUCCUUGUAUAGUAAAAUAGUGUAGAAAUAUUUCCUGACCCAUGUAUCGAUAAUUGUUAUAUCGCAACAUGGAAUAUUGUAGCGAAUCCCCAGAGGUUCCCACCUCUAAUAGUAAGUUAGCAGUAAUUUCGUAUUUAAAAAAACAAAAAAAAUGACACCUGUCAGUAGGCCUGUCGCGAUAACAAAUUUUAGUGUGCGAUAAUUAUUCUCAUAAAUUAUUGCGAUAUGCGAUAUUAUUGCGCCCCCCCCCCCAAUUUUUUUUUAACCAAUUUACAAUAACACAGUGCGAAUACAGUAUAUAUUAAUAGAUCAAGUACACCCAUUUAAACACGAUUAAUAUUUACUCUUAAAUUCAAAUAUACUUUUUAAGAAAUCACAACUAAAAACAAUAGACCCUGCCUCUUAAGUAAAAAACAACAAUAUUGAUACCGCACAGAAACACAGAAUAAAUAAAAUGUGUUUAAUUAAAAAAAAUUGCACUUAAUAACUUAAGCAUUUAGGAAAAUGAAAACAUUUCCCGUCAUAGCUUCUGCAAUGGUGUUCCAUAGGAAUGCAACGAUACAGUUAAGUCAUGGUUCAGUACGAAUUUUGAUAUGGGGGACACGAAUUUUGAGCCGAUUCAAUACAUUUAAUGCUCUGUUAAAAAAAAAAAAAAAAAAUUGUAUUUUUUUUUAUUUUUUUUGCUCACGAGCAAAAAUUAAAUUGCCAUCAUAUAAACAUGCAUUUUAGUGCAUAAUAUUUAUGUGCUUACUUCUUACUGAUAUGAAAAAAAAUUGUAUAAAAGUGCUGAGAACAAUCUUUACUGUUUGUAAAGUGAGGCAGGGCACACCGUUGAUUUCUACAGCUCUCUUAGCAGCUAGGUUUACUACAUGAGCAAGACAUCCUAUUUAUGGUCCGAAUCCAUCUGUGUCACGUACUGAAUUAACAAUAUUUGCAACAUUAUCUAUAGUCACUGGUAUGGAUUGAUUUGGCCUUCUUAACCUCAUGUGACAAAUGACAGUUUAGAAUUCAUUGAUGUAGUAUAUGGACCACAUGUCCCAUAAUCACUCUGGGCUCACGUAGCCAAUGGCAUGGACCGUAGUACAUCUAGUUUGCCAUUUCAUGAUAUUUAGUGUGUGCGCGCAAGCAUAUGACGGCUUUCAUAAACAGGACGAGUUUGAAGCACAGCGCUCUUAAUUUCAUUCAGCUGUUCGUUGUCAAAGUGAGGUUAUUCGUAGCAGCCAAGUCGGUAACAAUGUUUUGGCGGACUUCGUUGUAAAUAUCCAGCGUUGUGCCGAAAAAUAGCCGCCCCGCGGGAAAUGUCACUCCUGACGGGAGCGCCCACACGUCAACAACACCGGCGCGCCAUAGAUGGUCCACAGUCACUCCGGAGCACUGACGCGGCCGGUAUACGUUGAACAAAAGGAUAUAAUGGGAACGAUUGGCUCCGGCGCUAGUUUUUGCCGGACCUGGAACGAAGAUGCAUUUUGCGCAGUUGGUAACGAACUUUUAACAGCACGUCUGCCGCACGCGCACACACACGUGCACGUGAGGCGAUAAAUCGCAGCGGAAAAAUUACCGGCUUCAUUUUUAUAUAUCGCGCGAUAAAUGGAAUUAUUGCAUAUUGCGACAGGCUUACCUGUCAGUCCAGUUUCGGCAUCAUUUCAUUUCGUAAUUUAAAGUGUUAAAGUAGGUUCCCGCCUCUUCGUGGUCACUUGAUUUCCCAGAAAGGCACAUUUGGCGAAAGUGAAAGCAAAGUAACGUUAUAACCCAGCUCAGGUAAACGCUUCAAACACUUUGUCUGAUAUUCGAGGGUCGACGUCGGACUGAGAAGGAGGCAAAAAUGUGCAAGAUGAAGGAGUUAGUGGCACUUUUGCUGGUGGCUGUGCAAAUUCAAAACGUCAAGCCUGUGAUUCACACGCUCAAGUAUAUCCGCACAGCGUCGUCUCAAAUUCCAAACUUCCCAGAGUACUUGAGUGUCGGUUAUGUUGACGGUGUUCAGAUUACCCACUACGACAGCAAGAGCGGGAAAUAUCGACCCAAACAGGACUGGAUGAACAAAAUCACAGCUGAGGAUCCAAGCUACUGGGAGACACAAACACAUAUCAUUAUUGGUAAUCAGCAGGCGACUAAAGUCAGCAUUGAAAAUCUUCAAAAGCGCUUCAACCAAACUGGAGGUGUUCACAUGUUCCAGGUGAUGUAUGGCUGCGAAUGGGACGAUGAGACCGGCGAGGUGGACGGUUGGCAACACUUCGCUUACGACGGAGAAGACUUUAUAUCGUUUGAUUUGAAGGGACUGAGGUGGAUCGCGGUCAAGCCGCAAGCUGUCGUCACCAAGCACAAGUGGGAACAAUUUAAUCUUCAAUACAAGAAGCAUUACUUCACUGAGGAAUGUCCUGCCUACUUGAAGAAGUACGUUCGCAAUGGGAGGGACUUCCUCAUGAGAACAGAGCUUCCGCGGAUCUCCCUGCUGCAGAAGACGUCGCGGUCGCCGGUGACCUGCCACGCCACAGGAUUCCACCCCAGGGAGGCCGACCUGUUUUGGAAGAAGGAUGGCAAGCAGCUCUUUGAGGAUGUGGAGAUGGGCGAGACCCUCCCCAAUCACGACGGGACCUUCCAGACCACCGCCGACCUCAUAGUGGUGGACGCCAACGCCAAGUACGAGUGCGUCUUCCAGCUGGCCGGCGUCCCGGAGGACGUCGUCGUCCCGCUGGACCAUGCGAAGAUCCUGAGCAACGAGCGUAUUGAAGCGGAAGAAAGGAGGAAGACGGCGCUGGCUGUCGGCAUCCCGUUGGCGUUCCUCGCCCUGUCCCUCACAAUUGUCGUCGUCGUCAUCGCUGUCAAAUGCAGAAAACCCAAAUACAUCCAAGCUGCCGUCUGCUCAGAUUCUGAGCCAUCUUCACCUGUGAGGGCUCUCGAGCUCGCUUCUCCUACCUCCGAGACCACUUUAGCCGAGCCCGCUCCUGGGUGAGACGCCGGCUUCGGAAGACAAUCGCAAUGUUCCAACGCAAGUGCAAAAAGACUGGAUUUCUUGUCCAAUUGGGCCAAAUUUGCCACGGGGACUUUUGUGCUUCCGCCGGUGCAUUUCGAGAUAAAAUUGAUAUAUUGAGAUAUAAUGAGGCUGCACAGCAGAGGCACCUUCACUUCUCAGGUUGUGGGGGCCAUUCUAUUGGCCAGGUUUCAGGAACUAAGACAGUUCUUGAGUGUAUGUACAGUAUUUAAAUAUAAGGGAAAUUGUGCAACAUGUUAUUUGAUGUUUCCUCAUACAUUCAUGUCAGAUGAAACGGUUCCAGUGAUGUUUGUGCAUGGCAAUGUUCUUGUACUUUUCAACUUGAACUGACCACGUUGUGAUAAGUGGUUGAAAGACAGAGUUGAUGAAUCAAUGCUAAUGUAGCGAACCAUGCGGGUGGAUGACUUGUGCUCUUCUAGGCCAAGACACCCUAAUUCUUUAUUGAACAGCCAACAACUCAACAACUACUCUACUUUCUCACUCUUUUUAGACUCUCGCGCUUGCGCACGUCAUCAACCUAAGACACAUUUAACCGUUACAAUAUCAAUCUAGCAUAGGCGAAGUUUUGACCUUUGGGGUAGGGGGGGGCACAACAUUUUGAUGACCCCGAAACACAGCGUCAGCAAUAAAAUAAUAAGUUGACAAUGAGUGUUUUUUGUUUCCCAUCAUUCUCAAGGGGAAUUCUAAAUCAGGCUGCUUAGGCAAUACUUUUCGCCAAGAUCGUCGUCAUUGAAUAUGGUACGCCGGCCGGUGUCGUACCAAUGUAGUUACCCCAGUUAAAAAUUGUAUCCCUUGAGCGGAGCCAUAUGGAGGUAGAUUUGUGUCUUUAUUAUUCAAUCCAAAAAAAGUUGCUUCAAUCAAAAUAUAUAUUUUCAACAAAAAAAAGUCGCUUUAACCAAAAAAAAAAAAAAAAAAUCUGAACGCAAAAAUAAAUUUGAAACUCAAAAAUAUCCUUGUGAAAGCUAUCUUUCUUUUUGAUUUUGAAUUUUUUUUUUAUUUGAAGUCAAGUUUUUGUUGAAUUGAAGCAACUUUUUUGAUUGAAGUAAUGUUGAUUGGGCCACAUUUUGGCUAGGAAAUUUUUGUCUAAAAUAAUUUUGACCCAUUAUGAAAAUAUAUUUUUGGUUAAUUUUAUUCAUUUGUGUUGCAGUUUUAUUGCUUUACAACUUUUAUAUAAUAGACCCUACUCACCGACGUCACAGAAUGACGUGUCCCUGUAUCCGGCCGCCAUAUUGUCCGUCUCUGUUUAGCCCUAUUCUCAAUGGUUUCAAUUAGUCGUUCGGUUCAUAGAGCAAUUCAUGGAAGCCCCAGUGCUUUCAGACGCUGUAAACUCAUUGGAUGCGUUGCAUAAAAGGCGUUAUGUGGAAAAGCUUCAGUCUAUCCAUUGGCCAGAUCCAUAUUUGAUGCCUAAAUCGAUAUUUUUCGACCCGCUGUCUUCGCCCUCUCUGCCUGACAUCUGCUACCCUGAUAUCUACAACUAUCUUGUCCACACAAAAGCAGCCUAUUGUCACCAAAGUUUGAAAAACCUUAAGAGCAGCACUCUAAGCAACAUUACCCUGUGUGAUUUCUAAAAUGGCGACAAUAAAAAAAAAAAAAAAGUUGACUGCGAUGGCCGACGCUUCAAGGAUAGGUGGAUAUUGGACUAUUUCUUCAAUAAAUCACGCAACAACUGUGUCUGCCUCAUUUGCAAAGAGACAGUCGCUGUUUUCAAAGAGUUCAAUGUGACGCGAUAAUAUUACCGAAUAAGACGCUGACAUGUACGACAUUACAGGGAAGAUACGCAGCGAGAAAUUAUAGAAACUAGAAGCUAGUUUCAUUUCACAGCAGCAGUAUUUCGCAAGAGCGCGAGUGUCGAAAGAGAACGCCACAAAGGCGAGAUUGUUGAAAAUAUGAAUUAAUGAAAAAAAAAUAAAGUAAAUGUGACACACAGAAGGGCUUGCUAAAAUUUGUUUAAAUAUAUUGUUCUAUGUAAAUCAGCCAAGGUAGCCCCCCCGCACUUUUACCACACCAAAUCUGGCCCCUUUGCAAAAGGUUUGGACACACCUGUUUAACUGAUGAUCCGUAGACGAGGCGAGCUUCUUUCACUUGGUACCAGCUAAAUAUUAUUCAAAAUGUAAUGAUGGUGGAAGAAAUAAGCAUCUUGAAUUUGAAACGGUAUGUUGUCGGCGAUUAGCCUCGCAAUGAUCUUAAUUGUGGUUGUCAGCCCAAAACCCUCUAAAUAUAUAUUAAAUGCAUCUUACCAGAUAUAAAAUGACUACUACAUAAUCCGUGGUAAUGGUUUGGAGCCCAGUUUUCUCGUCGAAUUGCAGCAGUCCAUCUCGCUCUCCUCUCCUGGUCUCUCGGAAUACGGUAAAACUUCAGGUCUCUCAGUCUAUCUUCUCUGUUACUGCAACCGACCGCCACACACGCCUUCACCAUUAUGAUUAUUAAUGUUAACGAGCAGAAAAACACGCCAUAAUAGGAGGAAUUUACGUAGCAGUAAUGCAUAUAGACCCUACUCACAUGAUGUCACAACCACGCCUCCGCGCCAUGUUGUCCGUCUACUUGUCGCAUAUAGACCCUACUCACCUAUGUCACAAAAUGACGUGUCGCUGUAUCCGGCCGCCAAAUUGUACCUAUUUUUUUAGACCUAUUCUCAUUGUUUUCAAUUAGUCGUGCAAGUUAUAGAGCAAUUCAUCGAAGCCCCGGUGUUAUCUGACGCUGUAAACUCAUUGGAUGCCUUGCAUAAAAGGUGUUAUGUGGAAAAGCUUCAGUUU